AUCCCCGGGCUGCAGCCCGCACACUUCUCCCGCUCCGGGCUCCCAAGCAGCGUUUUCCCGUGGAACCUGGGGCUCACGCCCAGACCUGGAAAGCUAAGAAGAAUCUCUCCCCCAGCCUUCGGAACAGCACUUGGGGCUGGUGGUAUGAGUCCAGUAAGGCACAGAGGCAGCCCCUGCCUCUUCCCCCUGCAGCUCUUCAGCCUCUGCUGGGUGCUGUCAAUGGCUCAGAGCAAGACGGUGCGGUACAACACCUUCGAGGAGGAUGCUCCCGGCACAGUCAUUGGGACUCUGGCUGAGGACCUGCAUAUCAAAGUGUCUGGAGACACGAGCUUCCGCCUGAUGAAGCAAUUCAACAGCUCGCUGAUUCGGGUGCGCGAGGGCGACGGGCAGCUGACCGUCGGGGACGCGGGCCUGGACCGAGAGCGGCUGUGCGGCCCGUCCCCGCAGUGCGUGCUGGCCUUCGACGUGCUCAGCUUCUCGCAGGAGCAGUUCCGGCUGGUGCACGUGGAGGUGGAGGUGAGAGACGUCAACGACCACGCGCCGCGCUUCCCCCGCGCCCAGAUCCCCGUGGAGGUGUCCGAGGGCGCGGCCGUGGGCACGCGCAUCCCGCUGGAGGUGCCGGUGGACGAGGACGUGGGCGCCAACGGGCUGCAGAGCGUGCGCCUGGCCGAGCCGCACAGCCCCUUCCGCGUGGAGCUGCAGACGCGCGCGGACGGCGCCCGCUGCGCCGACCUGGUGCUGCUGCGGGAGCUGGACCGCGAGAGCCAGGCCGCCUACAGCCUGGAGCUGGUGGCCCGGGACGGCGGCCGCCCGCCGCGCUCCGCCACGGCGGCGCUCAGCGUGCGGGUGCUGGACGCCAACGACCACAGCCCGGCCUUCCCGCGGGGCGCCGUGGCCGAGGUGGAGCUGGCGGAGGACGCGCCCGUCGGUUCGCUGCUGCUCGACCUGGACGCCGCCGACCCCGACGAGGGCCCCAACGGCGACGUGGUCUUCUCCUUCGGCGCGCGCACCCCGCCCGAGGCGCGCCGCCUCUUCCGCCUCGACCCGCGCUCCGGCCGCCUCAGCCUGGCGGGGCCCGUGGACUUCGAGCGCCAGGACACCUACGAGCUGGACGUGCGCGCGCAGGACCGCGGCCCCGGGCCCCGCGCCGCCACCUGCAAGGUGAUCGUGCGCAUCCGCGACGUCAACGACAACGCGCCCGACAUCGCCGUCACCCCGCUGGCUGCCCCGGGCGCGCCCGCCGCCUCCGCCGCCUCCGCCGCCAACGCCGCCAACGCCGCCGCGCUCGGGAGCACGGACGCCACCUGGCCCGAGGGGUCCGAGGCGCCCGAGGCCGGCGCCGUGUCCCUGGUGCCGGAGGGGGCGGCGCGCGAGAGCCCGGUGGCGCUGGUCAGCACCUCGGACAAGGACUCGGGCGCCAACGGGCAGGUGCGCUGCGCCCUCUACGGGCACGAGCACUUCCGGCUGCAGCCGGCCUACGCGGGCAGCUACCUGGUGGUGACGGCGGCGGCCCUGGACCGCGAGCGCAUCGCUGAGUACAACCUGACCCUGGUGGCCGAGGACCGCGGCGCGCCCCCGCUCCGCACCGUGCGGCCCUACACGGUGCGCGUGGGCGACGAGAACGACAACGCGCCGCUCUUCACGCGGCCGCUCUACGAGGUGUCGGUGCGCGAGAACAACCCGCCCGGCGCCUACCUGGCCACCGUGGCCGCCCGCGACCCGGACUUGGGCCGCAACGGCCGUGUUACCUACCGGCUGCUGGAGGCGGAGGUGGGCCGCGCGGGGGACGCCGUAUCCACCUACGUGUCGGUGGACCCGGCCACCGGGGCCAUCUACGCGCUGCGCAGCUUCGACUACGAGACGCUGCGGCAGCUCGACGUGCGCAUCCAGGCGAGCGACGACGGCUCCCCGCAGCUGUCCAGCAGCACCCUAGUGCAGGUGCGGGUGCUGGACCAGAACGACCACGCGCCGGUCCUGCUGCACCCGGCGCCGGCCAACGGCUCCCUGGAAGUGGCGGUGCCCGGCCGCGCGGCGAAGGACACGACCGUGGCGCGCGUGCAGGCCCGGGACGCCGACGCGGGCGCGGACGGCGAGCUGACCUUUGACCUGCUGCAGCAGGAGCCCCGGGAGGUGUUCGCCAUCGGCCGCCGCACGGGAGAGAUCGUGCUCACGGGCGACCUCUCGCGGGAGCCGCCGGGCCGCUUGUUCCAGGCGCUGCUGGUCGUCUCCGACGGCGGCCGGCCCCCGCUGGCCACCACGGCCACCGUCAGCUUCGUGGUGACCGCGGGCGGCGGGCGCGGCCCGGCGGCCCCCGCCAGUGCCGGCGGUGCCGAGCGUUCCCGCCCUCCCGGCUCCCGGCUGGCGGCCGAGGGGCCGGCGCUGCAGUGGGACACGCCGCUGAUCGUCAUUGUCGUGCUGGCGGGGAGCUGCACGCUGCUGCUGGCCGCCAUCAUCGCCAUUGCCACCACCUGCAGCCGCCGCAAGAAGGAGGUGCGCAAAGGGGGGCCCCGCCGGGAAGAGCGGCCCGGGGCGGCGGGCGGCGGAGCCUCAGCGCCCGGCUCCCCGGAGGAAGCGGCCCGGGGAGCCGGGCCCAGGCCCGACAUGUUCGACGUGCUCACCUUCCCCGGCGGCGGCCAAGCGCCCUUUGGCAGCCCCGCAGCCGACGCGCCCCCGCCCGCGGCCGCCGCGGCCGAAGUGCCGGGCUCGGAGGGCGGCAGCGCCACUGGGGAAAGCUCGCGGCGCUCGGAGGGGCAGCAGCGGCUCCGCGGCGCGCACGCCGAGGUGAGGCCUCCUGAGGUGGGCGCCCCUCCCCGCUCGGCGGACGGGCCGGGCGCAGGGCGGGGGGGUCCGCGGGUGGGCGUCGCGGGAGACGCUCGGCUGGCGCGCGCCGCUUCCCUGCCCAGCCCUGACCCCCGCCCCGCUGUUCCCCUGCAGCCCUACGGCGCCUCGCCUGGCUUCGGAAAGGAGCCGGCGCCCCCGGUGGCCGUGUGGAAAGGACAUUCCUUCAACACCAUCUCUGGCCGGGAAGGAGAGAAGUUCAGUGGCAAAGACAGCGGCAAAGGGGACAGUGAUUUCAAUGACAGCGACUCCGACAUCAGUGGGGACGCUCUGAAGAAGGAUCUCAUCAACCACAUGCAGAGCGGACUGUGGGCGUGCACUGCAGAAUGCAAGAUCCUGGGUCACUCUGACCGCUGCUGGAGCCCCUCCUGCGGAGGACCCAACACUCAUCCCUCCCCACACCCGCCUGCCCAGAUGUCCACCUUCUGUAAGAGCACAUCCCUGCCUCGGGAUCCUCUGCGCAGAGACAAUUACUACCAGGCCCAGAUUCCCAAGACGGUGGGGCUGCAGAGCGUCUAUGAGAAAGUACUACACAGAGACUAUGACAGGACAGUCACUCUGCUCUCCCCUCCCCGUCCAGGGAGGCUCCCAGACUUGCAGGAGAUCGGGGUGCCCCUGUAUCCCUCCCCCCCUGGCAGGUACUUAUCCCCAAAGAAGGAAGUCGAUGAAAAUGUGUAAUCCCAUGCUGCAUGUCUUCACACAUACACAAGUCACUCUGAGAAGCCCCUAAGUUAUUGACCGGUUUCAGUGUUGUAUAUAUAAAUAUGCAAGAUGUGCCUUAAAAUGAAGUUGUUGGAAGCUAUUUCCAAUCACAGUGGUACUGUUUGGUAUUUGCAAACAAAAAUGUAGUUAAUGUAAUUUUUAUGAAAUGUGUGUAGUAUUUAAUUUUUCUUAUCAUGCUACUGACUAUAAUUUCAUGUGCAGCUUGCCAUUUUCUUAGUGUUUUUAACCUGUACAUUGUGUAAUGUAAUGUUUGUAUAUAAUGAAAUUUUGUUAUAUUUUUAUAUAAUAAAAACUGAAGUGGAAGUUAUUGCCAAAGGAACUGUCUGUAAGACAAAAAACAAAACUUGUUGGAAUUACUUAAUGGAAAUUUAUCUUUUACCUGAAACUUAGUGUUUGAAAAGUUUUGCCUUGCCAAGUAUAACUUGUAUAUCUUGAGUCUGUGGUAGAUUUCAAGUUCAAUGUUAUUUAAUUACAUUUGGUUUUCUGUGAACCGUGUCACUUAUAAGCACAGUAAUAAAGGAUUUGUCAUGUGUCUGAAGAA